CAAUUCUUCACCAUUUUCGGCGCUCACAACAACGACACAUUCCUCACCAACAGUCCGCAUAUUGUUGUACGCAGAGGACGCAGGGUCAGCAUUCUAGAGAUCCAUUGGCCUGGACGCUACCAAGUUGAGGGUGAGGAAAAUUGACUGACCUGGACCAGGCAGCUUCAGUUUGACAUGCGCUUGCUUCGACCUAGUCAUAUCUAAUAUAUACCCGCGAUGCUCCGCCUACAGGCACGGGCCCAGAUGCCCAACAGCUUCAAGAGGCUGCUCUUCCCAUUAUCCUCCCGAUCUUUCUCCGCAACUUCAUCCCCAUAUUCACCCUCGUCCUCAAAGGACAAAAAGCUCAACAGUGUUUCUCAACAUGUCACACAACCUAUUUCCCAGGGUGCUUCGCAGGCCAUGCUCUACGCCACAGGCCUUACCCCGGAAGAUAUGUCGAAAGCCCAAGUUGGCAUCUCCAGUGUCUGGUACAACGGAAACCCAUGCAACAUGCACCUCCUCGAUCUAAGCAACCGUGUGCGCGAAGGGGUGCAAAAGGCGGGGCUUAUCGGUUACCAGUUCAACACCAUAGGCGUUAGUGAUGGUAUCAGUAUGGGCACGUCGGGUAUGCGGUACAGCUUGCAGAGUCGGGAUCUCAUUGCUGACUCAAUUGAGACGGUCAUGGGCGGCCAAUGGUAUGAUGCCAACAUUAGCAUCCCCGGUUGCGACAAAAAUAUGCCUGGUGUUGUUAUGGCGAUGGGAAGAAUAAACCGACCAAGUUUGAUGGUUUACGGCGGAACAAUCAAGCCUGGUUGCGCAGCAACCCAAAACAACGCCGAUAUCGACAUUGUCUCUGCGUUCCAGGCCUACGGCCAAUUCCUAACAGGUGAGAUCACUGAGGCCCAGCGAUAUGAUAUCAUUCGACAUGCUUGUCCGGGUGGCGGUGCUUGUGGAGGCAUGUACACUGCCAACACCAUGGCCUCGGCGAUCGAGGUUAUGGGUAUGACUCUACCGGGAUCGUCGUCGAACCCUGCAGAAUCCAAAGCCAAGGACCUAGAAUGUUUGGCGGCUGGCGAAGCAAUUAAGACACUUCUCAAGGAAGAUAUCCGGCCAUCUGACAUCUUGACGCGCCAGGCGUUUGAGAAUGCGAUGGUUCUCGUCAACAUCACCGGUGGCUCCACCAACGCCGUACUCCAUCUGAUUGCCAUUGCUGACUCUGUCGGCAUUAAACUCACAAUCGACGAUUUCCAGUCCGUCAGCGAUCGCAUCCCCUUCCUCGCAGACCUCAAACCCUCCGGUAAAUAUGUCAUGGCCGAUCUACAUACAAUUGGUGGUACUCCCUCAUUACUCAAAUUCCUCCUGAAAGAGGGUCUCAUCGACGGCUCUGGAAUGACCGUGACCGGCCAAACCCUAGCCAAGAACCUCGAGAAGGUCCCUGACUUCCCCGCCGAUCAGAAAAUCAUUCGGCCCCUCAGCAACCCCAUGAAGCAAACCGGACACAUCCAGAUCCUCCGCGGAAGUUUGGCGCCGGAAGGCAGCGUCGGUAAAAUCACAGGCAAGGAGGGCACCAAGUUCACCGGUAAAGCGAAGGUCUACGACCAUGAAGACGACUUCAUCGCCGCAUUGGAACGGAAGGAGAUUUCAAAAGACGAGAAGACGGUCGUGGUAAUUCGCUACACCGGGCCCAAGGGCGGUCCCGGAAUGCCAGAAAUGCUCAAGCCCUCCUCUGCUCUCAUGGGCGCCGGCCUCGGUUCAUCCGUCGCCCUAAUCACGGACGGCCGUUUCAGCGGCGGCUCACACGGCUUCCUGAUCGGCCACAUCGUUCCCGAAGCCGCAGUCGGCGGGCCCAUUGCGCUCGUCCAGGAUGGCGACGUCAUCACCAUCGACGCAGAGAAGCGCUUGCUUGACCUGAAUGUCUCUGAAGAUAUCCUUGCGCAGCGCAGGGUUGAAUGGGCCGAUCGGGAAAAGAAGGGAUUAAAUCCCGUUACGGGGAUGAAGAUGAGAGGGACGCUGGGUAAAUAUGCUAGAACCGUCAAGGACGCAAGUCACGGAUGUAUCACCGACGCAUUGUAGAAGUCUUUUCUAAUUUUUUCCCCUUCUGUUUUCCCUUUUCCGAGUCUUUUCAUCCCACGAUACCUUUAGGCAUUGACUACUUCAAUAGAUAUCGAUUCUGGAUUUUUCCUUUUUGUUUUUUAUGAUUUCUGUACAGUACUUUUAUCUUCUAGCAACACGGGCCAGGCCGUUAGUUUUUUUUUAACAAAAAAAUUUGUGAAACGUGAAAAUAUAUAACAGCAUGAAGACGUGGUUUUUCUAAUUCGCUUUGCCCUUGCCCAUCACAGCGCAUCUAAUCCUCGCGUUUUUUAGGCACUUAUUUUAUAAUUAUGAUAGAUACUGAAAGAAAAAUUUUUGUUUAUUUCAAUAUAUGAGAAAUCAAGAGUUGAGGAGAACUGACAUGGUCUCUGGUCUCUUUCUAUUAUCUGUGAGGUAUUGAUUAAGCCCUAAAUCGGACUCUCAGUAAGAAGAAGGGAGGGGCAAAAACAGCAAGAAUGAGUGUUAGUGCUGGGAGGAAAAGAAUGUAACUAGAUAUAUUUACAAGUGAACCGAGGUUUAAAACCAAACACAACCUAACUAAUAAUGGAUAUCUGU